GGGGGGGGGGUCGGGGGGGUCCCGGCUGCGCCCCAGCCCGCGGCCCCUCGGGGAUGCGAGGAGGAUGGGGCCGACCCCGGGCGGGAGGAAGGGCGGGGUGAGGAUGGCGUGUGGGAUUCAAAACGCGGCCAAGCGCCGCUGCCGGGGCUUCGCUCGGGAAAAGCGUGCGGCUGCGAGGCGGGGGGAAGCCCCGCAAGGGCAGGUCCGCAGAGCUGUCGCUGCCGCGGUCGCUCGCAAUGAGCCGCUCUCGGAGCAGCGCCUCCCCACGUAGGUAAAUGCCCGGGGUGGGGAGGGGGCGGCCGGCUCUGCCUGGGCGCAUCUCCCCGCUGCAUCCCGCAUCCCUCCCCCGAGCCGAGCCACCCGGGAGGGGCUGGGCCGGGGGCUUCCAGCACGGAGCCGGGCAGCGGGGACACGCAGCCCCGAGCCGGGAGGGCUGGGGUUAUUUUUUUUUGAUGGUGGUUGUCAUUUGCGGUAUUUUUUAAUUUUUUUUUUUUUUUUUUUUUUUUUUUGCACCGAUCGGGAGGGGGGUGUGUGUGAUUUUGGGGAGGGUCAGGGAAGAGGAUGCAAUGAGGCUCCCUCGGACUGGGUGAUUUUUUUUGCAGCCUGCCUCCUCCUCCCCCAGCCUCCCCCCCCCCCCACCCCCACCCCCCCCGGUUUUGGCUGGUUCGCUUUCCAGUUGCUGCAUGAAGGGCUGUGCUUGUGGCGGUGUGUGCCCGCUCCCGGAGACGUGGCGCACCUCCCUCGGCUGAGGCCGCGGGGGGGGGGGGCCGGGCGAAGGGGAUCGGUUUUUAAUUAUUAUUUUUUUAUUGUUUUCUUUUUAAAUUAUUUUUUUAUUUUUUAAUUUUUUUUACCUGUCACAUCUGUCCUAGAAAAAUAAAAAAAUAAAACGGGCAGGGCGAGGGAGCCCGAGGCAUCCCCGGCACGGGGGGAGCGCGCGUGUGUGCGCGGGGGGUCCCCGCCGCCCCCCGCCGCCCCGCACCGCAGCGUGCGGGCGCCGAGCGCGAUGCGCCCCGGGCUCAGCUCUGCGGAAUAGCGCGGCCGCCGCUCGCUGUCCGCGGGCUGGGGGCGGACGGACCCGACCGCUGGCAAUUCCCUAUUGAUGUCCAUGAAUGCAAACACCAUGAUUUUCAUGAUCCUGGGCGCCUCUAUCGUUAUGGCAAUAGCUUGCUUGAUGGACAUGAAUGCGUUGUUGGACAGAUUUCACAAUUACAUCUUACCGCAUCUGAGAGGGGAAGACCGAGUUUGUCACUGCAACUGUGGAAGGCAUCAUGUCCAUUACGUUAUCCCGUAUGAUGGGGAUCAGUCAGUGGUGGACUCCUCGGAGAAUUACUUUGUGACUGACAAUGUAACCAAGCAAGAGAUUGAUCUGAUGCUGGGACUUUUGCUGGGCUUUUGUAUAAGCUGGUUUCUGGUGUGGAUGGAUGGGGUUCUCCAUUAUGCAGUGCGAGCCUGGAGAACUAGCCGACGGUAUGACAAUUCCUGGUCUUGGAUUCCAAAAUUUUGUAACUUAAAGGAGUUCAGAAAACGUCACCACAGGCAGUACGAGGAGGCGACUGGGAACAUGGUGCACAUCAAACAGAAGCUGUACCAUAACGGGCACCCUAGCCCGCGGCACCUCUGAGGAAUGCCUUCCCCUCCAGAGACUGCAGUGAGGUUUUAAAAAGGACUUUGCUCUUCUUCCAGGGGAACAGCUACUAGUUUGCUCCUCUAUGGAAGCCAGCCGAGGACACAAUUUUACUUACCCAUCCUGUGUGUCCCUGUGGCACACCACAAUGCACAACUAAGCCAGUCCUGGAUGCUACGCAGCCAAGACAUUGCACUGUGUUCCACAUUUUAUUGUCAGACUUGUGUAUAUAUGUAAAAAGCAGACAAAAACAAACAAAAAAAAAAAAAGAGAAAAGAGAUUUGCAUUAUACUUUCAACCCCCUUUUCCUGGCUUUCACGGCUGUCCUGCACAUCCAGCUACCCUACGGGGAAUGUUGGCCAAGGGUGUGGAGGUGGGACGACAUGAAGACAAUGCAGGUUCUCAUCCAAGACCUCAA